CCGUACAUGAGUACUGAAGUCCUCUGUGUUGAACUCGCCUUCCACCGCGGAUAAUAUUGCAGCAUUAGCGGUCUCGUAGCUGGGCCGAAACAGACGCCAGCCAUGUUUCCCUGUCUGCAGGGCCUUAGCACGGCUAUUCUAUUAUGCGUGCUUCUGAUGCAUGGAGUUUCGUCCCGGGACGCUGCCGUUCCCACAGAUACUUCUGACGUCGUGAACUUGGUGCAGGAAUUUCAAUGGAGUUUGAGCGAGCUUAACAUCGAGACGACCGGACUCUGCAAGAGCAGACCGCUGCCUUUCUCCGACGGCCAGCAGGGAUGGGAUAUUGCUUACGAUUUGUCAUCCACCGAUACAACUAUUAACACCACGGUGGAGUCGCUCUUUCCAAAUGGUAUCCCGGAAGAAUUUGUUUUGUUCGCCACGGUAAAAGUUGAGACUGACAACAGAGCGGACUUGUUUACAAUAAUUGACGGAAAGCAGAGUCUAUCUUUUAGUUUGAAUCCUGUAGAAUUUGAAUACAGACGACGAGGGAAGGCCCCCGUUCGAGCAGGCUUCAGAGAAAGGUUAAAUGAUGGUGCCUGGCACAGAGUGGCAUUUGCAGUCAGACAAAGACACGUGACCUUGUCCCUGGACUGUGCCAAGCCUAAAGAGCACGCGAAGAAGCCAAAGGGCUUUAAUCCGAAUUUUGGCCGAAACGGUAUCGUGAGAUUGGAAGGAGAUUUCAAGGGUUCUUUACAGCAGCUGUUGAUAGCCCCGGACGUGUUCAGAGUUCUUUCUUACUGUAAAGACUUCACGCCGGAUUGUGACACUCCGCUACCUUAUGCGCCCUUCUUAAGCGGUGCUGCUCAAGAGAGAAACGUACAGAUCGUCAACAAUGUCCGAUAUAUUAAGGGAGAGCGAGGGAUUCCUGGUCCUGCAGGCACUGCGGGACCCCCGGGCCCACAAGGACCCAAAGGAUACAACGGACCGAGAGGCGAAAGAGGCUCUCAGGGACCUCGGGGCUCCCCAGGUUCUGCAGGACCCCCUGGUCCACCUGGCCCCCCAGGAGACGGAAUAUAUGUGAGAUGGAGAAGACUGCAGGGAUCAGAUAAUAAGGGUCCAGGUGGCCCGGUAGCAGGCGGACUUGUCGUAGAGCCUCCUUCGGUGCCUGGAGAUCCAGGCGCCCGCGGAGCCAGAGGACAGCGCGGUCCCCCGGUAAGUACAGACCUGGUACAGACAUACACACGCUAAUCGUAUUGCCGCCACUUCUCUAAGG